AAAAUGGCGAACACAAAAGACUUAAUAAAACCUCAAAGAAAACGGGGUAGAUUUACAAGACUUGAAUAUCCUUUUCCUGUGCCCGAGCAACGAGUUGAUGAUGAAACUAAAUGGUUUUAUUACGAAGGAUUUUUAAGAGGAAACUCGAUAAUUGUGGAGAAUAUUGGUGAACUAAAUUUUUUGUACAGAAUGGGAUUCUUUGGCAAAGGUAUUUUAUCAAGAAGCAAACCGGAGCAUGAAAAGUUUUCGGAUAUUUCACAACUAGCUUUUUCAAACUCGGAGAGGUUGAGGAGAUUGCCACCUCACGAACGCAGGAUUCGACAAUCUAAGUUUCGAAAAUUUAGAAAAGAAAGAUACAAACAGCAUUGGAAAUGGAGUAGUUUGAUGAAGAAUGAUGUACUAAAUGUACAGAAUGAAGAUGCAUUCUUGUAUCAUGAAGAAGAUCCAGAAACAGAUGAGGAUCAUGAGGACAUUGAGAGGAUAGAGAAGUGUAAUGAUGAUGAUGCUGAUGAUGUAAGGAUAGAUGAUGUACUUCGAGAAAUAAUUAAUAAGAGAAGUGAUGAUACACAGGAUGUUAAGCUGGGAAAACAUGAUCCAUAUAAGAUUUUUGAGUUUCUUCAGUUGACUCUUGAGGAAGCAUUUUUCCUCAGCUAUGGACUUGGCUGUCUCACUGUCUUUUUAAGUGAACAAAAACUGUCUCUCUCUGCAAUGUGGUCGGAAUUCUGUCAACGUAGUGCAAACUUUCUUAGGAAUUAUGUAGCCUAUCAUUAUUAUCGCAGUAAAGGUUGGGUACCUCAUACAGGUCUUAAGUAUGGUGCUGAUCUGGUUCUCUAUAAGAAAGGUAUGCCAUUUUUUCACUCAAGCUUUGCUGUAUCAACGAGGCUAGUCGACGAGAAAGGGGACCCAUUUAAAACGGAUGAAAACAUUUCCUGUGGUGAAGAAUGGACAUGGAAACAUUUGAUUUCUUUGAAUCGUUUGAAUGAACAUGUUGGCAAGGAGUUGCUUCUCUGUUCGAUUACUCUGCCAUCAGGUAUUUCAUCAGCAGAAAUGAAUGGACCAAAUCUUUUAAGAUCAUGCAAAGUUCAGGAAAUGAUCUUACGACGUUGGAUACCAAAGAAAAAUCGUGAACGAUAAAUAAACAUUGAUACUUUCUCAUGGAUUACAUUUGUCCAUAUAUUGACGAAGCUCAGGGAACCGCAAUAGUUUGAUGAACGGGGGAGGGGAUAUAGAAAUAUUCUUAUAUUCAUAUGUUGUUAUCCGUAAUCACAGCUAAUUUUGGUACAAUAUUCACAUAUGAAUAUUAGUCUUCUCCACCAAAUUAUCGAUCUUUUUCGGUCCCUGUGUGUGAGAAAACGCUAAAAGGAUAAAACUGUUUUGAUAUAAUUGUUUUGCUCUGUUUUGAUCUUGCUGUAACUUGUCUCAAUUGAUGUCAUGAUAUACGCCUGCCUGGAAUAUGUUCAAACAGCUUCAACCUUGAAUAUUUGAUGUGUUUUUCACUCGUAAUCACGUGUUCCAUCAUAUACGAUGCAACCAAAAUUAGAGCGAGAUCAGUGCACUCGAAUCAACUACACUAUUUACGAAUUUCCAAGUACGUAGAAAGAUUGAUGGUUGGAGAGGCUCAUUCUUAUAUACGCAUAUUAUAAUAAGCUAAAAAAUGGAUUUUAAAGGAAUUUAAAUACGUCAUAUCAACGAUCUAUGAAUUUUAUAUUGCCCCCCUCGUUUAUGGAUCUUCUUUAAGACUGUGACUGGUUAUGCUUCGGGUAAAGAAGCCAAUUAUUAAAAGUCAACUUGACUGACUUGACCGUUAUUGACAGUAUCAAAAUAAUAUUAUGUUACAUGUAUAUUCAAGAACAUUGACAAAUGCAAAAUAUAAUUGGAUCAUAAGACACGUUUGUAUUCUUUCAAAGAAUACUGUAAGAAUUACAUUUUAUACGCUAUUAUUUCUUUGGAUUUUGUCUUUCUUUUAGCUGCCGAACCCUAACUGCAAAUAGGACCAUGAUCUCAAUUAUUACACAAUCUUUUGCAAAUUUUAUGUAACUCACAUGAGGUGCUUGCGGUAUUUUAUUCCUGCCAGUCGUCCAAAGCUAGCCAACUUGUAAAGCUGUCAUUUUGUGAGCGUACGAUAUCUUAAGAAAAUGCCGUUCUUUCCUUGGAGAAAAGCAUUCUUCAAUUCUUUAUUAUUCAUGGUCUUGGUGGGAUAUUGUGCUCACGGAGUUUCCAUUAGUAAUGUGUUAAAUGACAAUGUAUGCUCAGACUGGGACGAUAGAUGUUUCAGUUGGGCAACAAGAUGGGAAUGCCAAAGAAAUCCAAACUACAUGCAUGUAUUUUGCAAAGAGUCCUGUGGCUUGUGUGGAGAAUGUACAAAUGUUGCAAAGGAUGACAAGUGCUUUGAUUGGGCGAUUGCUGGCGAAUGUAACAAAAAUCCAAAUUACAUGAUGGUGAAAUGCAAAAAGGCUUGUACAGCUUGUUGUUAAGUUCCAGACUCGGGUUUAGAAGAAUGCCAACUGCUAAAAGAAAAGUUCAUAGAACAAAGUCGCAUUUUACUUAUUUCUUGAUUAACAUCAGUGUGGAAAUAUCUUUAGAAAUUUCUUUCUAAGCUCUUCGUAUUUGUAAUGAAUUGUUUUAAUCAUUAAAAACGUAUUGAAACUGGGUGAAA